ACGUCGAGCAACCGCGAUAGCUUCUCAGCUUAGACCUUCGCCGACUGCAACCCCCUUACUCAAAGGUCCAGUUUGUCUCCCAGACAACUCUCCACGACACGCAUCGCAGCCAUGAAGUUCCCUGGAGGAUGUUAUUGCAAGAAGAUCCGGUAUGAGAUCGAGCUUGAGGAUGCGGAUAAGGCGAGGACGAGUCUCUGCCACUGCAAGAACUGCAAGAAAUUCACCGGUGGACCAUUUGGGGUGACAACGAAGAUCCCAAAGAGCAGUUAUACUGUUACCCAGGGCAAGGAGAAGAUCACGGAGCAUGAAAUGGAUAAUGGUGCCGGGACACUUUUACAUCGGGAGUUUUGCAAUGAGUGCGGGAGUCCGUUGUUGGAGUACGGUGCCAAUGCGGGAGAAAAUAUUUACAUCUUUUACGGGACGCUGGACAAACCGACUGAUCUGCCGCCGAAGGGAGAGUUCUUUUGCAGCAAGCGGGACAACUGGAUGCCCGAGAUUCCAAAUAUCUUCCACAAGCAGAAGAUCCAGGAGUGAACAGGUCCGGGGGCGGUGAUGGUGACUAGGAGCGCGUCAAGACUCAGCAAGGUACUGGAAGUUGGUUGUCACGCCAUGUUACUGGUGGGGUGCUUGCCGUUGUCAACAUCUUUCGAUG